AUGAUGUGUCGGCGUAGGUUCAUCGACUGUGACAAACGUCCUGUCUGGUGCUACACAAACCCCACCUCUGCCCAGCGGUUCUCCGACAAACAGCCUGGGCGUCAGAACACUGCGGGGGUGUCGGGGCAGAGCAAGGUGGAGCGCGGGAGGGAGGAUGGAGGCUUAAGGACCCGGGGACCCGCCGGCCUGGCACCGCUGAACUCGGGCCCCGCGCCCCGCGCGCCACGCGUGUGGUUCGUGCUGGACGCCUUGGGCCUCGUGUGCGCCGCGGCCACGUGGCUGCUGGUGCCGAGCGAGGGCGCAAUGCUGCCGAGCGCCUGGCUCCUCCCCGCCCGGCGCCCAGCCCACGGCGCGGAGCACGGCUGGCUCUUCCACCCGCUGGCCUUCCUGGCGCUGGCGGCCCACGCGCGGACCGUGCUCACCGACCCCGGCGCCCUGCCCCCGCUCGGCGCGCACCACCGCGGCGUGUGCCAGCGCUGCAUCCGCAGGAUGGACCAUCACUGCCCGUGGGUCAACAGCUGCGUGGGCGAGGACAACCGGAAGCUCUUCGUGCCGUUCACGCUCCGCACGGCGCUGGCCCGGCUGCACUUGCUGCUGCUGCGUCCCGGCCCCGCGCGCCUAUGCACACGGGGAGCGGGACCUGCAGAGCACCGUGAAGCCCCAGGGCUCGCGCGUCUUCCUCUUCACCGUGGCUCUGAAUGGCUUCCUCUUGGCCGCCGUGAUGUCACGAUCCAAACGCGCAGCAUCCUCACCGACCGAACCAGAACCGAGCAGCCACAAAGGGAGACGGCCGGGCCGGGCCGCGCGUCCCCGUGGAUGAACCUGAAGGCCGUCCUGGGCCACCGCCCCUCCCCGGCCUGGAUCAACCCCUUCGCCUCCCCAGAACUGCGGGCUGCAAGCGAGCCUCACAGCGUGGUCUGA